AUGCACGAUACGAUCGAUACGGAGAUGCCAGCUAGACCCAUCUUCGACUAUACCACCACAGGCAUGGUCCCGACAGCCAAGCCUCGACCUCUCCCGCUAGAAGUGUUGUUGCUCAUCAUCGACGAGCUCGGUGCAGACCGUGAAUAUGACGCGUUAGAAGCGUGGGCGGAGGCUAGUGAGGGGUUGCUUCAGGAGAGGGCGUACAGGUACAUUCCACGCGAAAUAGUCUUCGGGACGCAGGAGGAGGCUGCGAGCAUCAAUCUGGCCUUUCGCUGGAAAGGACCACAGGCAGUGCGUAUUGAGGGAGGAGCGCGGACUAGUGAGCGUCGGCUUCCCAUUCCACAUCUGGCGACAUUUGCCUCGAGACUUGCGGGAAAAUGGACCAACGUACGGGAGCUGACGAUCGAGGGGGCAGAAUGGCGAAUGCAGGAUCUCGAUCUUCACACCAUCUUGCUCGAUGUGGGCUGCUUCGACAGAGUCUUAUACCUCCAGCUGCAUCGUGUCACCCUCCCGACUGUCCUGACGUUGUGGCGUUUGGUCCACGGCCUCCCAAGCCUCCACGAGCUUUCCUUACGCGAUGUCGAGUUCGCCAAGACUGCCAUCAACGACCGGAUGCUCUCGGCCCUAUGUCUCUUGCCCUCUACACUAAACACCAUAUACAUGCUUCGACCCGAGGAACGUGCCGUCGAAAGACCUGGAUUUCUUGGAAUAGGCUCCGCUGGGCUGCUGCAGGCGAUAGUAGUGCGGAGCAUGACAUCUCUCAAUGUAUCUCCAUGGUGCAAGGUCUCGCGACUGGAGUUGUGGGAUGUUACCUUUCCGACCGCUGCCGCCUUUGGACGCUUGCUUUGCGCCGUUCCCACCCUCAAAGAGCUCGCCAUUCUGGGGCCAUGCUCGUUCUCGGAACAUGUCCUUGAUCCCAGAGAUGUCCCUGUAAUACCAUGCCGAUUAAGAGAGCUCGAGUUGGGCGAGGACUUCUCUGCACACUCCGAUCCUCGGUCCGUGCAUGACCUCGUCAACCUCUUCAUUCAAUCUGGAGCCGGUAGCUGUUUGAAAAGUCUCACCGUUUGGCCGUCCCCGUCCUUUCGUGUAGCAACGAGCACAGAUGUCUCUCUCGCUAGACUCAUUGCAUGUGCCGGCCAAUCACUACAGUCACUUGAACUCUACGCAGUCCUGCAGGACAGCUUGCGGUUGUACAACGAAACAAGAAUAUACGCAGAACAAAGCUCAGUCCGUUGCUUUGAUAUCUCGGCAAAUACACAUCUCGAGCGCCUUACCUGCGUAACCAACAUCAGCCACGAAGACAAUUCACCGAUCGCCGCCGUGACGGAGCUUCUUCAACAGGUUGCGUCAGUACGCAUAUCAGAAAUCGAUAUGACCUUCCGUGUGAGGGAUGAAGCAGAGCUCGCAACGUUGUGGAAUGGCCUCCCACAGCUCGAUGCAGCGCUUUCUAAAAAGGUGUUCGACCGACUUGAAAGAGCCUGGAUAAGAUUGUACGGUGUAGAGGCAUCCCACGAGCUUCCGCAAGCGAGUGUGAGGUCAUACUUACCCAAGCUGGAAACACGGGGUAUUCUACGUAUUGCGGUGAAGGAUCGAAUCAUCAGGUACGAUACGCACUGA